UCGCUCUCUCUCUCUCUCUCUCUCUCAGUGCAAUGCUGGUGAUAAUUAGUAUUAUAUUUAGACAUGGAGUUAGCUUCAUCUUAAGCAAAAUCUGCAAUAUUUUCAUCUAUCUAAACCAGCUCAAAGAUUUUACUCGCCACUGCAGAUCAUAGACUAUAAAUGGAGGGCAUGCAAUUUUCUUAAUUUCAUUUGGAGGAAACAUCUGUGGCAUAAGCAGUGUCAUCUCCCCCUGUUGUCCACUGACCUAAAAUGCAGCAUUCUGAAAGAUGAGAAAGGCAAUGCAUUUCCUCCCAGUUCUUUUGUAAGCUGACAUGAAGUAGACAGACACCUUCUGAAGUUUUGUGCAUGCUGUGCUCUCUCUCUCUCAUUUUUUCUUUCCUGCAACAAGAAAAGCCUUUUCUUUUAACCUGGCUUCCUUUGAAGAAGUGACUCAGGCAGCUUCAUGGCCUCUCAAGAUCCUCAAGGCCACCCAAACAAAAUCAUUCAGGAUUACCUUCCUGGUUCUUCAGACCAUCCUGACCAAAAUAAGUCUAUUGUACCAACAAGUGCCUGGAAACAAGCAUCACCCCCUCAUGACUUGCCUCCUGGCCUGGAAUACUUAAACCAGCUGGACCAGAUAAUCAUUCACCAGCAGGUGGAGCUUCUUGAAGCCCUUCUUGGCACAGAGACAUCCAGCAAGUAUGAGAUAAAGAACCAUUUGGGACAAAGACUUUACUUUGCAGUGGAGGAAAACGGUUGCUUUGAUCGCAACUUUUGUUCUCCUUUACGGUCUUUCACUAUAAGGAUUGCUGAUAAUGCUGGCCGAGAGGUGAUUACUGUGAAUAGACCCUUGAGAUGUAACAGCUGCUUGUUCCCUUGCUUCCUGCAAGAGUUAGAAGUUCAGUCCCCUCCUGGUACAAUAGCAGGCUAUGUUGUCCAGAACUGGGACCCUCUUCUGCCUAAAUUCACGAUAAAGAAUGAAAGCAAAGAAGAUGUAUUGAAAAUAAUUGGUCCAUAUGCAACGUGUGGCUGUCUUGGAGAUGUCGACUUUGAGGUAAAACCUCUUAAUGAAAUAUCUCCAAUUGGCAAGAUUUCCAAGUACUGGUCUGGAUUUGUAAAUGAUGUCUUUACCAACACUGCCAACUUUGGGAUCCAGAUGCCGGUAGAUCUUGAUGUGAAAAUCAAGGCUGUAAUGAUUGGAGCUUGUUUCCUUAUAGACUUAAUGUUCUUUGAGCAUUCAUUGGAUGAACUGUAACAAGGAAGAUGAUAGAAACAGUAAAAUAUGCAGCAUGUGUUUCAAAAUCCCUUGAGCUUUGGACAUUAUUUCUGACCUGCACAAACCUGUGCUUUUUAUAGCAAAAAAAGUUAAUGAUUUUGUUUAUUAAAAUAUAUCUUAUGUAAAUAAUAACUUUGCCAUUUCAAUUUUCAUGUGUGUUGUAGACAAGCAUACAGAUGCAGAAGUGUUGCUUUGGAACGUUGCUAUUCUCUUUUGAAGUUCUUGCAUGGGAAAGCAUGAAAGAUUAGAACUAAGGCUUGUAGCAUCACUGAUGAAAGUCUAUGUUUAGAGAACCCUUUGAAGUUUGCAAGUCCUGGUACCAGCUAUUAACCAAAUACGGGUGUUUUUUUCAUUAUUUCACAUGAUGUUUUCUGAUUUCCUAUUUAAUUAAUAGUAACAAAUGCAGUAUCAUAGUAACAAAUGCAGAGAAAUUGUCCAGCAGGGAAUUUGAUGAUAAGUGUAUUUUUAUAUGGGGACAUUUAGGUACAAAGAAGCUACUUAUUUAAGUUUAAGAAAUACUUGACAGCUAAUGUUUGUAAGUGAUGUGAUUUUUCAGAAAUGGUAGCCUUAAAUUAGGCUCCUAAGCCAGGCUAACACACAUACAAACUAAUGGUCUAGAUAUAUUCUUAAAUUUCUUGGCCAACUAUGCACACAUGCACACACAUGCAUGUGCACACACAGUCAUAAAAUAUUUAAUACGCACAAUGCUGUUAACUGUCCAAGAAGUUAAUAUGCACCCUGUAAUAGUGAAAAAAUUCUUUGCUUUAAUCCAGGUUAUAUAUACUGUGCAUAUAUACACUGCUAAUUUAUGAAACAAGUCAGCUCUUUUCUGAAGUCAACAUAAAACAAAUACAUGCUUCUGGGCUAGCCUUUUGUACUUUUCCCUCUGGGACUAGGUAGAGUAAUGUAUUUUCUUUGAGAGAAUUCUGCAGUAGAAACUUUAUAUUGGAAAGUAUUGAAUAUCAUAUUUGUGUAUUAAAAGAUAGACCCAUACCUUACUGUUAGAGCUGCUCAUAUCCUGCUAAGGUUAUUUAUAGACAUUUGCUCAGAAUUUGAAUGGCCCCUUAUUUUUAGACAGAAGGUGGGAUAGAUAGGCACCUUAUGACUAACUGGCUGUAUCUACACAAGAUGCUAAUACUCAGUUGUUACUUUGCGUUCAUUUAGUACUUGUAUAAACUUGUAGUACUUGUAUAAACAAGUACUAAAUGAAUGUGCAGUAACCAGAGUUACUGCACAGUAGGUCCAACAAAUGCCUUUUUUGUGACGCUAUUGUGCAGUUGUCUAAUACUUCUGUGCAGUAGCAUCACAUGUUGAUUUUUUUCCACCCAACGCUACUGCACAGUAGUAUCGAGCUACUGUGUGUCAGUGUCUCAUAUAGACGUGGCCACUAAGGUGCAUUCCUACUCCACUCUCUGCCUGACUUCAGGCUAACACAGCUAACUAUCUCCCUUUACUUUUACCCUGAUCAUGCAGAUUGUUUGCUGUUUGCACACAUGCAGGCUUUUUUACUUAUACAAAUAUGUAUGGGAAUGACUGGCUUUUGUAGAAAUAGUCAUGUUUGAACAAGAUUUGUGUACAAAAUAUAUUAAAAAAGAACAUCAGUUACUUAUUAUACAUUAUUAUCCUGCUGAAAACUGUGAUCCAUCUAGGCAGUAGAACCAAUACCCUGCAAUACAGGUGACAAAAUGCACAUGCACAAAGAGUCUAAGUACACAGUUUUUAACCCAUCCAUAUACUGAGAUUUUGUUUGCAUGAACUAGUCAGUGAAUACUUGCAAAUAACCAGCACUUCAGCAGAAAUGAAACAUGUGAAUAAUUAAUGAACAAGAAAAAGCUAAAUUGAUCAGAUGCUUUAUUCUCAACAAAUAUUUAGACUAGUUCCAAAUUAAUGUCACAGAGAGGAAUGUAAGCACUGAGAAGCUAGGAGGUUGAUGCUUUCACAGUGAAAUUAACUCAGCCAUAUUUUUUUUAGCUCACAUCUGGUCUAAAGUAUACUACUUAUGUACUUGCAUAUUUUAUAUAUGGUACAUUUGCAUAAAUGUUCUUUGAACCUGAGCUACUGGACUUCUUGUGGAGUUUUAGUUCCACUGGGUUUGCCACAACUGGAUUUUGCAUUAUUAGCAGCACAACAAGGAUGGAGUCUAUAGAAGUUUUAAACCCUGCAGGAGACAGAAUUCUUAUUUCACAUUCCUCCAAAGAAAGGUUCCCAUCUGUAGGAGCUGUAAGCUCCAUAGUAGAGAAGCUCCCUCCUGUGGAAGUCGGUAAGCUUUUCAGGAAAAUAAAGGUUUCUGUACAGAG